AUGGCUCCCGCCUUUAGCGGGGGGGCCCCGGAGCGGAUAGUCGUGGCCGUGAGCAAGGACCCGUCGAGCCGCGACGCCAUAAAGUGGGCGGUUCGGAAGAAGAUGAAGCGCGCCGAUGACAUGCUCACCCUCCUCCACAUCGUCUCCAGGCUUCCUGCUCCAGGCGGGUAUGGCUCCGGGGGGUCGGGUGGGGAGAUCUACCAGAGCGAGGCGUCGACGGGGGCGUUUGUGGCGUACCUGCGGGACGUGGUGAAGCCCAUGAUGCUGCAACUCAAGGCCGCCGUGGAUCCCAAGGUGCAGGCGCGCGUGGAGCUGAAGGUGGGGCGCAGCAACUGGCGCGUGAGAGGCAUUCUAGAGGAAGCCACGCGCCUGCAGGCGUCCAUGCUCGUCAUCGGCGCGCAGCCCAGCCUCGAUUCGUUUGGCACAGGAGCCUACUUCAUCCGCAACAAGCCGCCGCACAUGUCAGUCUACGUCAUUCAGGCGGGGAAGCUGCUGCUCAGCCACGAGGCAGACGGGCAGAUCACGGGUUCCCCUGCUGCCCUCGACUCCCUUGCUCUAGACGCCGCAGCUGCGGAAGAAGCAGGAGGAGGCGGAGGCGGAGGCGGAGGCGGAGGGGGAGGGGGAGGCGCAGGGGGGUUUGGAGACGGAACGGGGGCGCUGUUAGGCAUGUCUCCGGGGCAGUUUGAGGCUGGAGGGCCCUUAUUGGUGGAUCAGCUGCUGGCUGCCGGCCUGCGAUUGGACACGCCGGCUGCUGAGCUGGCGGCGCUGAGGCUGCCUGCUGAAGUGUUGGAGCAAUUGCUGGCCGCACAGGUGGCAGCUAGUGGUGAGUCUCAGGUGGAAUGCGGGGAGUAUGGAAGCACUGGUACCUCUCCUGCUGCGGGGAGAAAGUUGAAGGCGAGCCGCAGCAGCGUUGGCAGGCAUAGGAGAGAGAGGAGCGGCGGUGCUGGCAGUGCUGGUGGUGGUGGGGUUGAUUUUACUGCCAUGGCUGGCGCUGCAUCUGGUGUGGGAGACGCGUCUCGAGGGGCAGGGCGUAAGAGCGCAGCAGCGAUGGAGAUAGAGCAGAUGCGGGUACAGGCCAAGGAGGCGGAAACAGCAAGACUGCAUGCAGAGAGGCGCCUGCUGCAGAUGCGGGUGCAGGCACAGGCAGGACGGGGGGAGGUACCCACUGAGUCAAGCCCAUGGGGAGGGAGGGGGGAGGAGGGAGCAGGGCAGGUGAGAGGAGAGGGUGGAGUGGCAAGAGGGGGAGGGGAGGGAGAGGGGGGCGAGCAGCGGUCACAGUACAGCUUUGAGCUGGCGCAGUCACAGAAAGAAUUUGAAGCUGCCCGGGUGAAGCUCGCUUCAGUGGAAGCAGCUUUGGCCCGGGCAGCGGGCAGAACGAAACAGGAAGAUGGAGAUAGAGGAGUAGGAGGAGCAGGGUCAGGAAGGCGAACGGGGCAGUCUGGGUUGUCUGUCAGUGGCAGUAGCGGCAGCAGAGGUGGUCAAGCACGGGCAGCUGAGGCGUCAGUUGCAGCGGCGACGGCAGCGGCAGCAGCAGCGGCGCAGAGAUUAGCGCAGAGAGGAGGCAACCCGCACCACAGAUUCGAGCAAGGGGCCAGGGAGGGCUUCAGGUGGCAGGAGACAGGGAACGGGAGGGGCGAGGAUGAGGGGCAGGAGAGUGGGGAGGAAGAGGAGGAAGAGGAGGAGGAAGAGGAGGAGGAGGAGGAAGGGGAGGAAGAGGUAGGGGAGGAGGAGGUAGGGGAGGAGGAUGACGAGUUGCAGAUUGAUAUAUUGAGUGCGGCUGGGAGUGGUGUGGUUGGGUUCACAGAUGGGUCCUCCUCCACUUUUGACCUUAGCUCCCUAUCCCCCCACUCAUUCAACGGCCCAGACUCAAACAGCCGUCCAGCCUCUGGCAGCAGCCGUGCCUCAACAAAAAAACAUUCCCAAAAUAGCAACCUUUCCUUUACUGGAGGGUUUGAGGGUUCUGCCAGCGAUCUCCAGGUCGACCUUUUGGGCGGCAGCUCGUUGGGUAUGGACAAGGGAGCGGACGGCGCAGAGGGCGGGGAGCAGCCAGAUGAUGACGUGGAUUUUUAUGAAGAGAUUCAGGCCGCAACGGACAACUUCAACCAGAAGAAUCGAUUGGGCGAGGGGGCUUUUGGCACGGUGUAUGGGGGGCGGCUGCACCACACUCGCGUGGCGGUGAAGGUGCUUAAAGCCACAGACGUGGUCAAGGCCACCAACGAGUUCCAGCAGGAGGUGGAGGUGCUAAGCCAGAUCCAACAUCCGCACGUGGUGAUGCUGCUGGGCUGCUGUCCGUCGCACCACUGCAUAGUGUACGAGUUCAUGGCCAGCGGCACUCUCGAGGAGCGCCUGCUAUGCGCCAACAACUCGCCCCCCCUCCCCUGGUUCGCCCGCCUCCGCAUCGCCGCUGAAAUCGCCUCGGCUCUCCUCAUCCUGCACGCACGCCCCAUUCCCAUCGUCCACCGCGACUUAAAGCCCGCCAACAUUCUCCUGGAUAAGAACCUAGUGGCGAAGCUUGGAGACGUGGGGCUAGCAAAGCUGAUGCCAGGAACAGGGUCGCAGGUGCACACGCACGCGCAUGAUUCGGUGCCUGUGGGGACUCUGGCUUACGUCGACCCGGAGUUUCAGCGAACGGGGGAUUACGGGCCGAAAUCGGACGUGUAUGCGCUCGGGAUUAUUUUAUUUGAUAUUCUGACGGGGCGCAAGCCGACGACUUAUGAGGAGUUAGAGGAGGCUGUGGAUGAGGGGGACGAGGAAGCUUUCGGGAAGCUUCUCGAUGAGAGGGGGGGGGAGUGGCCGAUCGGGCUGGCGAUGGAGGUGGCAAGGAUGGCAGUGCGGUGCAGUGAGAUGCGGAGGAAGAAACGGCCGGAUCUGGAGAGUGAGGUGAUGCCGCUGCUGGCACGGGCGAGGGAUGAGGCGGCAGAGGCAGAGGAAGCUGCCGGGAAGGAGGGUGGGCGGUCUGGAGGGAGCGGGGAUGUGCCCAAGGGGUUGCUGUGCCCGAUCAACAAGGUGGGUGAAGGCUUUGAGAGGAAGUGUGAAUGCAAGAUGAUUUCUGAGGCAGCUCAAAAGUCGGGAGGGAGCGGGGAUGUGCCCAAGGGGUUGCUGUGCCCGAUCAACAAGGUGGGUGAAGGCUUUGAGAGGAAGUGUGAAUGCAAGAUGAUUUCUGAGGCAGCUCAAAAGUCGGGAGGGAGCGGGGAUGUGCCCAAGGGGUUGCUGUGCCCGAUCAACAAGCCGGUGCUAGCAGCUGACGGGUACACGUAUGAGAAAGCAGCCAUUCAAAUGUGGUUGGAGCGAGCCGACCUAUCCCCGAUCACCAAUGAGCCUAUGCCCCACAAGCACCUCAUGCCGAACCUCGUGGUUCGGGAUUUGAUAGCUGACUGGACCAACAAGAAUGUAAAGACUGAAGCUUGA